CUCUAUCUCUCUCUCUCGGCUCUAAGUGUUAGAAGCUGAGAGCAGAAAGAAUGGAGAGAAACCUCAAACCACGCUCAUCUUUUCUUCUUUUCUCUCUAUGUAUCUUGUCAUCCCUUGUUCAUAUCCAUGGAAAGAAGCAAGGAGAGGUUCUUGAUUCUCUGUAUAGAGCGAAGUCCAAGAAGUCUGGGAUCGACACGAGCCUUUUUCAGGCGAGCGUUCACCCUGAAAUUCUUGACUCCAAGAUUUAUCAUCAAGAAGGACUGAAGGAGAAAGACAGGAUCAAAAUGUUGCCUGGACAACCGCCGGUCAAAUUUGAUCAUUAUGGUGGUUAUGUCACCGUCGAUGAAUUGGCCGGACGAGCAUUUUAUUAUUAUUUUUCCGAAGCAGAGCGAAAUAAGGAGUUGAUGCCACUUCUUCUAUGGCUUAAUGGAGGCCCCGGUUGCUCAUCCAUCGCCUAUGGAGCAAUGCAGGAACACGGACCAUUCCGAGUCCAUAGUGAUGGGAAGACUCUCUUCAGAAAUAAAUUUGGAUGGAAUGCUGCUGCGAACGUGUUGUUCCUAGAGUCUCCAGCUGGAGUCGGUUUUUCCUAUUCUAACACAACAUCGGACUAUAACGCGAACGGAGACAGCAAAACAGCCGCGGACAAUUAUGUAUUCUUGCUAAAUUGGCUGGAGAGGUUUCCCGAGUACAAGAACCGGGACUUUUACAUUUCAGGCGAGAGCUACGCGGGUCAUUACGUGCCUCAGCUCGCUCACAACAUCUUAGCCAACAACAAGAAGGCGAACAAGACCCUUAUCAACCUCAAAGGGAUUAUAAUUGGAAACGCAGUAAUCAAUGACGAGACGGACCAGAGUGGGAUGUACGAAUACUUUGCUACACAUGCAUUGACAUCCGACGAAACAUGGUAUGCAAUUCAAAAGUAUUGCAACUUUUCACCAAAUGUCACCAAUCAAGUAGACCAAUGCAAUUCGGCUUUGAACGAAGCGGAUAAUGAUGUUUCUUCUAUCGACAUUUACAACAUCUACGCUCCUCUGUGCUUCUCUUCCAACCUGACUUCUCUUCCCAAGAAGGCCGACAUCCUGAACUUUGACCCGUGUGGAGACUACUAUGUUCAUGCUUACCUGAACAGAGAAGAUGUGCAAGAGGCGCUUCAUGCCAACGUUACGAAGCUCAAUCACGACUGGGAACCGUGCAGCGAUGUUAUCCAGCAGUGGGGAGAUAGCCCUUCCACCAUCAUCCCUCUCCUCCAAGAAUUCAUGUCCAAUGGGCUUCGCGUCUGGGUGUUCAGCGGGGAUACGGACGGAAGAGUGCCGGUGACAUCGACCCAGAGGUCUCUCAGCAAGAUGAGCCUCCCCACGAAGAGUAAAUGGCGUCCCUGGUUCUUUAAGGGCGAGGUCGGAGGGUACGUGCAAGUGUACGAGGGAGACCUGACGUUUGCGACGGUGCGAGGAGCAGGGCAUCAGGUGCCGAGCUAUCAGCCCAAGAGAGCUCUCUCUCUCAUCUCUCACUUCCUAGCUGGCUCUCUACUCCCAUCAAAGUAGACCCUUCAAGUGCUUGAAGAUGAUGGAAUUAAUGCUUGAGGACUCGCUUUUCUCUCCACUUUCUGUUUUCUUUCUUUGGUAAUUCACAUGGGCGUGCAUGUAAAUAUUCAGUUAUUAGGGAUUCAAGAACGUCAUUGUUUCUCUGUUAACGAAGAAAUUGAUGCGUGGAUGAUUAACAAAACAAUAUCAAGAAUUAUUGUAGCUCACAAGAGUCCUAAUUAUUUUAAUAUAGUUCUCUUUGAAUUUGCUGA